CCAGGGUUGGUCCAACUCUCGGCUACUAGAUAGUCUUGCCUGAGGCGGAAGAGAUCAACUUAGAUCAACUGCAGUAAUAAUAACUUCAACAAAGCGAUUGCUGCCUGUGGUUGUCAUCUCAGAGGGCUGAACGUUAUCUGUGUAGAGUAUCUAUCUGCUGUAGAACUACUUUAGCUGGACUGGGAGUGGCACAGAGUGGUAUUCGUAGAGAACCGGAGAGGUGGGAAUGUGAGUUCAGGACUCCAUACAGUUUUUUAUUGAUUCGCCUGGAGGUCCGUGCCUUUUCUCUUUCACAAUGGCCUACGCUGCGUAUUGGAUGAGCACUCAUAGAGGAGAUGGCCAUGCGAAUAGCAGACUAAACUACUACUCCAGUCUGUCUUCUAAUGUUAAGUCGCAGCCCAGCCAGACCACUCCCACUCCUGCGGCUCAGGUCACCACUGUGAAGCCUUCACAGUUUGAGACUGCACGCGCUGCGGCUAAGCGCGGAGUUGCUGGCGCUACUUCUAUAGACAUGUCCUCUCCCGGCGCGACCAUUGUUGACAUGUCAGCCCCGGCAAGGGGCAGCACUAACACCGCAUCCAAGACUCCACCGGUCUCACAAGUGAAAGCCACAGCUGCUGCUACACCUUCUCCACCCUCUGGCGCUGCCAGAGCCACGAUGUCUGCAGGGACAGCAGCAUCUUCAGCCCAGGCUAAGCCCACUGCUAACGAGCCUGCCAAGAGCGCUGCACCCACCGCCAAGCCACCAGUCAGAGACACGCCUAAAGCUGAUCCUGCCAAAGCAGCCAAGCCAGCUGGGGCUGUAACCCCAGCUGCUGCUGCUGCUGCUGCUGCAGUGGGAGUGUCUGGGAAGGGGAAGCCGGAGGUGGCAAAGCCUGCACAGAAGGUGCAGGUGGAGGUCGCACCCCCGAGAGCCAAGGCUGCCAAAGAGGCACCUGCUCUGGACCCCUUCGAUGCCCUGGCCAGCAGCCUGCCCACUGUCGGACCCGUAAAGCCAGAGCCUGUUUACACUGGCCCAGAGGUCCACGAGCAUGGGGUCACAGCCGAGAAGGGGGUUCUGUGUGGAGAGAGAGAAGACACACUGCCUCCCAAUUACAGAUAUGAAAACAUGCCCACUGCCCCAGACGUCAAGCCAAAGGACGUGCCGAAACCCAUGAGCACUGACGAGGCCCUGGACUCCCUGAGCUUCGGCUUCGCGCCGGCCCCCAGCGCCCCCCCGCAGGCCCCCCAGGAGAAAAUGGAAAGUGUGGAUGCCAUCGAUGCCCUGUCCGCGGGAUUCUCAAACUUCGCCCCUCCUCCCCCUGCUUCUGUCAAGAGCCCCGCUCCCCCUGUGGACAAGAAGGCCAAGAUGGACGCCAUCCCCGAUGACUUCUCUCUGAUGGGCGCGCUUUCCUCCCCGCCUCCUCCUCAGAAGUCUGCUGAGCCAAAGCUCAAGGUAGAGUCACCUGCUGCCCCAGUGCUCAAGGAAAAGACAUCGGCUGCCCCAGCAGUCAAGGCACAGGCCCCUGCUGUCCCAGUAGCCAAGAUACAGGCCCCUGCUGUCCCAGUAGCCAAGAUACAGGCCCCUGCUGUCCCAGUAGCCAAGGCACAGGCCCCUGCUGUCCCAGUAGCCAAGGCACAGGCCCCUGCUGUCCCAGUAGCCAAGGUACAGGCCGCUGUCCCAAAAGAAACCAAGGUCGACUCGUUUGAUGAUUUCUCUCUGGACCCCUUUGCUGCUCUUGGAGACACCCUGGGAGCUCCAGAACCGGUGCAUGAACUUCCUGAGCUCAGACCUGAGGACAUUGUUUCGGAGGCCAAACUGACGGAGGAAGAGGGCGUGCGGACGGGAGUGAGAGAUGACACCCUUCCUCCAGAGUACCGCUUCUCCGAAGCCAAGCUCAAAGACCUGCCGGCCCCCAAACCAGAGCCUUCCUUGGCCCCUGGGGAGGCCCUUGACUUCUUGUCCGGGGACUUUGUGACUCUCCCCGCAGCAGCUCCUGUCGUCCAGGCCCCCGUUUUGGCCCCCUCAGCCCCGCCCGCCCAGGUCAUGGUGGAGGAUCUGUCAGCGCUGGACGCCCUGGACGCCCUUUCUGGAGAUUUCAUGACCCAAACAAAGACCACUUCUGUCCAGGCCCCACUCCCAUCCCUGGCCAAGAAGACCCCAAAAGUAAACAAGGAUUCAGCCAAGCCCAACACCACUGUUAAGGUCCCCUCCCAGAAACCAGUCGAGGAUGACUUCUCUCUGGACCCCUUCGCUGCCCUAAGCGACACCCUGGCAGCCCCGGAGCCGGCCCCUGAACCCCCCAAGCUCAGGCCUGAGGACAUUGUCUCAGAAGGAAAAGUGAUUUCCGAAAAGGGCGUGCGGGUGGGAGAGCGGGAUGACACCCUCCCUCCAGAGUAUCGGUUGUCAGGAGACAAACUGAAAGACCUGCCGGCCCCCAAACCGGAGCCUACCAUGAACACAGGUGACGCUCUGGACAUCUUGUCGGGAGACUUCCUGAGCCCAUCCCUGGCUCCUGCUGUCCAGGCCCCCGUCUGCAGCCUCCCAAAGCCUCCGGCCUCUGCAGAUUUUGACGCUCUGGAUGCCUUGGCGGGGGACUUUGUCACCAACGCCGUUGUCGCACCUGCAGUCAAGUGUGCCACCAGUCAACCCACACAAAUCUCUCGCCAGGUGUCGGAGGGAGACACCAGUGCCAUGGACGCCCUGUCAGACUCCCUGAUGGACAUCACCCCUGUGCCAGAGCCUGCCCCCCUGCCUAUGAAAGACAUUGCCAAGGAGAAGAAGGUGGUGGAGGAGAGGCUGAUCCUGAUGGGCGAGGACGACAGCACGUUGCCCCCCGAGUACCGGCCCACCGAGGAGGACAUCAAGAUGGCAGCGGCUGAGGCCAAGAAACCCAAGGAGAAACCCAUGGGUGACGCUGCCGCCCUCGAUCUGCUGUCCGGUGACUUUCUUCAGGCUCCCAGCGCCCCUGCAGCCGCUGUUGCACCCGCCGCUGCACUCGCCGCUGCAGCCGCUGUUGCACCCGCCGCUGCAGCCGCUGUUGCACCCGCCGCUGCACCUUGUUUUGUAGCCCCCCCAGCGACGCAGCAAUUAGUGCCCGACACAGAGCCCCUGAAGCCCAUGGCUGGGUCGGCCCUGGACUCCCUGGCUGGUUCCCUGCUCCCUGACGCCAUUAAGACCACAUCUAAGGGGGAAAAGCCCAAGAAAACAACAGGGCCUUCCCUGGACUCUUCAUCUGGGAACGCAGACGCUCCUGGAGCCAAGAGCAAGGGGGAGAAGGCCCAGGGCAAGAGCAAGUCACGGUCAAAGUCAAAAAAACACCAUGCUGAUGAUCCAUCUCCCAUUGACCAGCUCGCCGGUGAUUUCCGCACAGAUGUUAUGUCUGCGAAGAAGGGAGGCAAAAGCUAGACCACUUGAGUCAUGCUGCAAUUCUUCUACCCUUUACCGCGAUUGUGGGAUUGACACUCUAGAUUAUAAAUCUAUUUUUCUAAGUGAUGGAGAAUGUAUACUGGAUGACAGCAGAACCCUAUGCCUACACAGCAUGCUUACCCCCUGACACACAAACAUACACACACACACAAACACAAUUGUAAACACCCUUACACAUACAUACACACACAGACACAACACUGUGUGCAACGCCUUACCUGCUUAUUUUCAUGUGUAUUAAGAAAACAAGAAGAUUGACGAUUUACUUCCCCUUUGUGUGCAAUUUGAUAAAAACUGAAAUGAAUGAUAGCCAGAGAACGUUGGCCUAAAUUAGAUGAGUUGGGACGGUUGAUAUAUGAGGGCGAAGGGAUGGUGAGGAUUUUAUAGGGGAAGUAUUUUUUUUAAAAGAAAACAAAAAAAUGUUUUCAUCGUCUGUCGGCCCAUUGAUACAAAGUCAGGCGAUGCCCAUCAGCAUUGGGACCGGGCACCACAGCUGCUGGUGCCACCAAAAACAAACUAAAGCGCCUCGAUGCCAUGGUGUUGCGGCGACGUCUCCAUGUCAGAGAGGGGGCGGUAAGGGCCUUCAGCUGGUGUGAGAGAGUGGCCUCUAGUGGUGUGUAUAGGGUGUGCAACCUGAAUACGCACAGCCAAGUAGCCCAGUUAUCUAUUAUGUGGUUGAACGCAAUUGAGACACUAGUGUACAGCUUACUUUGCUUAAAUAUAUUGAUGGAUAACAUUUAGUUUACAAUAUUAAAGACAAAUUUAUGAAAAAAAAGGGUUUACAGGAUGUGGUCUGCUUGAUUCUGUUCCUGAGAACGUUGUGUGAAUGCUGUUCAUUUUCUGUAAAGCAAUAAUAUCCCGUGAGAGGUUGUGUGUGUGUGUGUGUGUGUGUGUGUGUGUGUGUGUGUGUGUGUGUGUGUGUGUGUGUGUGUGUGUGUGUGUGUGUGUGUGUGUACUGCUUUGGAGUAAAAUCCUAUCUGUAUUCAAAAGUGCACUUAGAACCAAGGUAGUUAGAAACUCUACACACUGCCUUAGUUUUUAUACUGUAGUAAAGGGAGAGAUGUUGUUGUUAAUAUACCACCACUGUAUCGUUCACUGGGUCCAAUCCCAGCUGAUGUUUAGGAGGUUCCUUGUCGAAUAUGUCAGUUUAAACCGGCUUCUCCAGGGAAAACGAUAUGUUGAGAAAGAUGGAGGGUAUUGUAGAAGGGAAAACUAAUGCUGGAUCUGUGUCUGGAUUAGAUGUCAUUAUAUAAUCCAGACACAUACACAAUUGCAAAAAAAUGAAUCAGAUUCACUAAUUUAGAUUCAGCAUUAGUUUCCCAAUCUAAAAUAGGCUCUAUGCUCCCCAAAAUAAAAACGAAUCAAUAAAAUACACCCCCCCCCAAAAAAAAUAGUAUGCUAAAAGAAAAAAAAAUGGUAUGGACAAAUGCCAAAUAUAUUUUAGCGACAGGAUAGAGUAUGCUGUUUUUAUUGUGCAGGGAAAUGGCAGUACACCCAGCAGGUAUACGGUCUCUUUGUCUUUGGGCUCCGUGGUAUUUCACUGUGCAUAUUUCUAUAAGCCCACUUCCUUUUGACUCGUGGGGGCUUCAGUUUCAAUUAUCCUUGCUUAAACUUUCUGUCUAAAACCUUUACAAUUCUGUGCCACACCUCUGGAUGACUGAUGAUGGGAUUUCAAAAACGUGGGUUUGAUGUGCAUUAAACCAAAUGUAUGUGUUUGAAAAUAUAAGAAUAAACAUUUGUUCUCACAA